AGCAACGCUUCCCACAAUGCACUCCCCGUUCAUCAGCGGGAAACCAAAAUGGCGAACGUGCUGGGGGAAAAUGAACCGUUUGUUAUUUUCUAAGGAAGGCUCGAGCGCUGUGGAUUGUCUGGGCACGCACUAGAUAUACAUAUAAGCCACGGCAGCAACGGGAAAACAGCCUCGCGCCUUUUCAGCUUUUUCGUCUCGCGAGGCAUUUGUAACAGCGGAGGUGACCGAAUGAGAGACUUGGGGGUUGUGGAUCACCCCUCUCUCCGUCACAGAGCUCACCCCGAGCAGCAGACUGUGUCCCUGUCACCCUGCGGCCUCUCUGCUAGGGGGGAGUAUGGGGAGGACGACAUGUCUGCCAGGUUUACAGAGGGGCAGGAUGUAUUGGCCAGGUGGUCUGACGGCUUGUUUUAUUUGGGGACAGUCACAAAGAUAGAUCAGGACAAGCAGCGUUGCUUUGUGGUUUUUGAGGACAGAUCGAAGUCUUGGGUUCUUUGGAGCGAUAUUCAGACAGGGGACGAAGACGACAAGACUGAUGACGAUGACGACAUCGUGUGCUCCAUAUGUCAGGAUGAGACCUCAGAGGAACCUAACGAGAUUGUCAUUUGUGACAAAUGUGGUCAAGGCUACCAUCAGAUGUGUCACUCGCCCGUCAUUGAUGCCGCCGUGAUCGACUCUGAUGACAAGUGGCUGUGCUCAGAAUGUGAACUGGCUUCUUUCUCUGAGAAGGGGAGCAUUCUGAAGAAGGAGGCAUCCGCUAAGCUCUUUCCAAAGCAGGAAAAUCUGGAGCAGCAUAUGGAAUUUCAUCUCUCCUUCCCAUAUGCUCCAGAGGAACUAGUGUGGGAUCAGGGCCACAAGACAAACAUCCAGCAAUGCUACUGCUACUGCGGAGGACCGGGAGACUGGUACCUGAAGAUGCUGCAGUGUAACAGGUGUCGGCAGUGGUUCCAUGAGGAUUGUCUACAUUGCUUACAGGCUCCACUGCUCAAUGGAGAUAGGUUUUUCAUCUUCGUCUGUUCAGUCUGCAGCGGCGGACCAGAGUUCCUCGACCGACUGCCUCUUGACUGGAAGGAUAUUGUUCAUCUGUGCCUGUACAACCUGAGUGUGAUUCAGAAGAAGAGGUAUUUUGAUUCUCAGAUGCAACUAAUGCCUUACAUUAAUGACAACUGGGAGCUGCUGCAGCUGGGGAAGCUGGCCAACACACCAAGAUCUGAGAGGUAUGAAAAAGUUCUGGAGGCCUUAAACGACAAUAGCUACACGUUCAUGUCAGGGAAGGAGGUGAAAAAGAAGAAGCAUUUGUUUCGCCUAAGAAUCUUUUUCCCUCCUGCUCCUCCCAACUGUACUGAACCCACAUACACGGUGUUGGGGGAGCCUUUCCACGAGAUCACCAUAAAAGGAUGCAAGCCGGCCAAAAGCUUCUCUGACAUGAAGAUCCCUGUUGCUUUAACUAAUGGCAUCGAAAAGAAGAAGAAGAAGAAAAAGAAAAAGAGGAAGCAAGAAGCUCGCUGUCUGGAGACACUGGCUAAACCACAACGGUCCAACGAGCCAUCCCUGGAAACCAGAAAGCCGGACCCCCCUGCACUGGAUCAUUUGACCUCUGUUAACACCAGAAGCAGCAAGCCUCUGCUGUUUUCUCAGUCUUCUGAUGUGGAAUCCAUUGAUGCCCUCAGCAGCUCAGAAACUACCUCAACAAUCACUUCUAGACAGUCCAGCCUGUACACUUCCAACAAGACGGCCACCGCUGCCUUCAACAUGCCUUUCGCCUCUCCACCUUUAAAACGGAAACGCGGGCGACCGCGGCGAACCCCGAAGCCCCCCCGACCAGAACUGCCCCCUCCUCCUCGGCUCCCAGACGCAAGCUUCUCGGACACGGAGACGUUUGGCUCCCUGCCGGGGCUCCACCCCACGGACAUAGUCCACGGCAUGGACCCCAACACCCAGCUUUCCCACCUCAAGAGCUCCAUCAGCAACUACUUCGGGGUGGCGGGGCGCCUGGCGUGUGGGGAGAGAUAUAAAGUCCUGGCCCGGCGGGUCACCAUGGACGGCAAGGUGCAGUACCUGGUGGAGUGGGAAGGAGUCACUGCCUCGUAGCUUGAUGGCUCAACCAGUUCUAACAAAGAGCUGACGGUGUGUAUUCAGAGCGUUAGGUGGUUUAUAUUCCCUGAUUAUCAUGCAUGCAUGCAAACACACACAAACACACGCCCACACACACAGGGUAUGUUCUCCAAUAGUGAAGCAGCACCAGAGAAGCUGGAUCACUGGAUCCUUCAGAGGAGUUUGAUCUGAACUUUUUCCUUCCCUGCUGCAGUUAUUCAGGGGCAAAUAAUUCCUUUCUCCACUCUACCUGGAAGCUUUGACUAAUAUUUCAUGCAUCAUUUUUUUCUCUCCCCCUAAAUGUACUUGCUUGUUCUUCAACAAGUUAAGGAGUAAAAGAGGGGAACAAAUCUCUAUAUUUUCAUUCUUUGAUUCAACCAUCAACAAUUUUAACAUUACAUUUUUUCCUUUAACUUGUUUUAAAUGUUUAGUUUUUUGUUUUUUCCCUCCAACUGUGCCCUCUCUCUCUCCCGUCUUGUACCUCUUGGUGUCUCAUGCCAGCUCUGGUUUCCAUUAUUUGUGAGCAGAUCAGGAGGAACUCAGAGAACGAACGCGCUGCUGCAAAUGUUUAUUUUAUAUAAAGCAAACAUGAUUAUGUCAUAUUUUUAUAGAGGUCUCUUGUUUACCGACGGAGAUUUCGGUUGAUUCUUUACUUGCACACGCUGUGUUGUGUUAGAAAAUCAUCUCAUUUGAACAAGCAAGAGCUGCUCAGACAAGGCAGUAUUUUUUAUUCAAUAUUUUUAUAGAUUUCCUACUGAAUAAAAAUGUGCAGUUCUUUUUAAAGUGUUCUGAUUGAAAUUAGGACUUCAGUUUAACAGACCUGAGUUCGGUCUAGUAAAAAUUCAUUUUGCUAGGAAUGUGAUUUAGUCAGUUUGUAACUUUAUCUGCUGCUGCUUAUGCAAUUAAAGUUGCAUAAAUGAACAAAUAUUCUUCCAUAGACAAAAAUGUAUUUUUUGUUGGGGUUUUUUUUUUUUGUUACAUUUUGGGCAGCCCACUCAGGACGUACCACCAAACUUCACUCACAUAGCCCAGCCGUUGUAACUAAGCUGAUUUUGCGAUGGAUCACGUUAUUUCUGUUGUCCAUGUUGAUCUCUCAUAGCUUUUUGUCAUUAUUACACAUAUAUAAGCUUAUUGUUUUUUAUGUUUACUGCUUGUUUAAAUUGGGUUUGAAAGAACAAUCCGCCUCACUGAAGAAAUUGCUGUACGUCAUUGCAAGAAGAAAACCUUUAGUUAGAACUGUUGUCUCUUUUGAGAGAUGUCUGCUCUUGUUUAAACAGCACUUGCACGUCUCUCUGUCGGGGACGCAGUGAGUGCAUUUAAUGCCUACAUGUUUCCAUUAUUGUCUUGCUACAGGUUUCUUAAGCCAAAGAACGUCCCUGUAACGUCGUCGUUGUUUUUUUACUGGUUGACGUGUUACUAGUGAAGCAGGUUUUGUUUUAAGGAUAAAUAAAAGUUGGUAUUUCAAGCUGUUUUGCUAAACUUUUUUUUUUUAUUACUGAUAUUAACUGUAUAUGAUUUUUCUAAUAAAAUUAAGAUCCACGACUGUAAA